AUUGCGCCAUAAGCUAUUUUAAUCCCCCAGAGCGGCUAUAAAUAGGAAGGAUCCUCCAAUCCCUUCACCACUAUCCAUCACUCACUGCAACAAAGUAAAAAGAGAUAAGAAGUAAAAGAGAUAUGGCUCUCGUCAAAGCAGCUGCAUGCUUCCUAUUCUGCUUGGUCAUCCUCCAUCCCUACGUUUCAACAGUGGUUGCUCGUACAAUAUCUCCGGCGACUAUGGCUCCAGCCCCUUCUCCAAUCAUCAUCAUAGCAGACACCAGCCCUGCUUCGGAAGCAGAAUUAGCCCCACUGGCACCCGAAGAAUUCCUUACCAUUAUUUCUGCGGUUGCGCCUGCAACACCUCCGGCCACUUUUGCGCCGGCUGAACCACCGAUAAUCAUCACAGCAGCAGAGGACGCCCCUGAAGCUCCGGUACCAGAUGCCGCAUUGCCACCCGCAAUUGAUUCUUAUGCAUGAUUAUGAAUCAAUUAAUUAAUUAAUUAAUAUCCCAUUUCUACUUAAUUACUGGGCGCUUGUGUGUGUUCAAUAAUACCAUGCCUACUUCACGUGUUCACUGUUAAGUACGUUGUAAGUCUCGAUCGAUCGGCUUCGAUGGAUCUUGGUGUUCUAAUAAAAAAAGCUUAUAUAUGUAUGCAGCCAACUCCAGCUGAGUGUAUUAAUUGAUUGGUAGUCAGAUCCAUAUCAUGUUUCACUUUGGUUUAUGUAACGUGGCUGUAUUGUCUACUUAGAUAAAAGGUUGUUAUAGUAUAUGAUCAGUAUCGUCUGAAUAAAAGGCUGCUAUAGUUUCGCAAACUCUUGUCUUAAUUCUCCCUCUUUCCCUCUUAAUUGUAAUUUCUAUAUAU